AUGACAAAGGAAGAGAUGGAAAUAUCUGAUGUAGAGUCGGACAUAACUCCCACUCAAGAAAGACAGUAUGAUUCAGAAGAUGAGUCAGAAGUAAAGAAAUUAAAACAGGACAAGUUUUUACCUCGAACUUUGAGAAACUUGAAUACUACUUUCGAUUCCAUAAAUUACAAAACACCACUUAUAAAGUCUACUGAUCCGAUUAUUUUGGGAGUUGACGAAGCUGGAAGAGGACCAAUUUUGGGACCUAUGGUAUAUACAGUUGCAUAUUGUUCUGAGUCUUUCACACCAAGACUUCGUCAUUAUGGUUUCGAUGAUUCCAAAGUGUUGAAACAUGAUUUUAGAUUAAAAUUAAUGAAGGAUAUGGAUAACGAAAACCAUGAAUUAUUCCAGGUGGGUCAUUUGACCACUGUUAUGCUGGCAAAGGAUAUUUCUUCAGGUAUGUUAAGAGUUCAUGGUCAAGGUGCUUAUAAUUUAAAUGCUCAAGCUCAUGACACAACAAUUAAUUUAAUUAAAGAUCUUAUCAAACAAAACGAUGAAAAUGACGGUGGUUUGAAUAUUGCCCAUGUUUAUAUCGAUACUGUGGGCCCACCAGAGAAGUAUCAAGCCAAAUUAAAAUCCAUAUUCCCCAAUAUUAAUUUUACUGUUGCCAAAAAGGCAGAUAGUAAGUACCCUAUAGUGAGUGCUGCUUCAAUUGUUGCCAAAGUAAGUCGUGAUUUAUACUUAGAGAAUUAUAACGAACUGGAAACUUUACUCAAAGGUACCAAGAUUGGUUCAGGAUAUCCAAGUGACCCUAAUACCAGCGCUUGGCUAAAACAACAAGUAGACAAAGUGUUUGGAUGGCAUUAUGGUUUAGUAAGAUAUAGUUGGCAAACGGCUCGUGAUAGUUUGAUCAAUAAUCAUGCAGCCAAAGUCACAUAUGAAGAACCUGAUGUCGGGUUGGAUGUAAAAGUCAGUUCUAAUCUUUUCGGAUCUAAUGCAACAUUAUAG